AUGGCGGCCACCACGAGAGGAGAGACGAUGUCCGCAAUCACAGUGAGUAAUCUUGAAAAUUUUUACGAAAUCUGCUUGUAUGUAAGUAAAGUCAGUUCUCCUGGACAUCUUUUUAUUGCUUGAUCCUCAACAGUCACCUGCGUUUUCGUGGAACGAAAGUUAUCCAAAUUCGUCCAUGCAUCAAAAUCUUCCUUCUUGGUACUUGAUCUGAUUUCCAUCUACACGCAACAUUUUACUUCGUUAAUUGGGAGUUGAAUUAAAUCCAUAUAUUAACCUUUUCACUUCACAGCCACGGAUAAUUAUAGCUUAUAAUAUCGUAGAUCUAGUGUUGCAAACUCAUACAUAAUGUGAGCGCCUGAAAAUAUCGGUAGAUGUCAGAAAUGUCCGAUCUCCAGAUCUCCUGAGAAGAAGCCAGUUUUCACAAACGUCACACCCGCUUCGCCUGUCUCGGACACUUAUGAACUGUUCUGUUAAUUUUCUUUGAUAUAAUAAUAGGUCAUCCCAGGAUGUGAGAAACUGACGGGAUACUGGGCUCCAGGCCAUGGAAUAGUUGUUCACACAUCAAAUGGCAAACCAAGUAAGAUGCUGAAAAGUGUGGAACUAUCAUGUUAUUCUAAUGUCCAUUUAAAAAGUUGGAAAGUGUCCUCUCAUUGGUAAAACCCCAAAAGUAAUCAACUACACUAACCCUUAAGACUUUAUAGGCGGCUCUCUCUUAAUAGAAACCUCUAAACUAACCUCUUAAAUGGACACCUACAGUGUAGUGUUGUUGCCUGCCUUUCUUUACUCCCUUUAUUUGACUCUCUUUAAGAUGGCCAUUAGGCCUAGGUUCGAACCUAUAUCCUACCAACAUUCUGUACAUGCUUAACAAAAGUCUUACUUGAUUCAUGCAGAAUCUUUCUCAGUGGUACACCAAAAUGGAGCAAGUGAAAGGAAGGGUCUGCUAGCAGGGUGUUUGCAUCUUUACGUGAGUCACACUUGUAACAGUAAGUUGUAGAUGCUGCUAUUCACGCCAAACAUUUUUAUUCUUUUCUUUCUGGUAGUAAGUGCUCAGAGUUCAACCCAUUACAGAUAUCCUGUUCUACAUGAGGUUCGAUGGGGUGCGGAUCUUCAGAGCAUUAUAACUCGCAAGCUGAUUAAUGAAACUCAUGGUAAUAAUAUUUUUAUUUUAAGUUGUUGUUAUUUGUGUGUCACCCAAAUAGAGUUUUCGAAUUCACUUGUUUUAAUUCAAAGUUGCAAUAGGCCUCAGUCUCCUGUGAUCCCCAACUUUCCCAAGAUACAUGUACCCAAACUUGGAUAUGUAGGAAAUUACGAUUUUUGUGGAGGGCUCUACCAAGGCUGUGCUCUAAGGAAAAUUGAAGGGUGCCCAGUGCUCUGAACCUGUAAAAUCUAGGGUGCCCAGCAUUUGAUUGUGUGAAAAAGUUGAGAUUUUCUAGUCACUCAAGAGCAAAAGUUGGGCACCAGGGACCACCGGGCUCUGCUAGAGCAUAGCCCUGUGCUCUACAAGCUGAAUUCAGAAAUGUUUGUGUUAAAUGAUGUUUCAUCAUUAUCAGAUCUCACCGUGCCAACACUUUCUGUCCAGCUAGUGUUGUAUCAUUAUCAACACUUCUGAUUUCUGUAACAGUUAGUGUUUUUUAUGGUGCAGGGUCAUUAGCCCUAUUUCCAAUCCCCAACCUGGAGGACCAGGGCGGUCACUCUUUGUCAGGUCUCUACCCUUCGACCUUUUCAGCAUGGGUGGCCCUACCAAGAGUACAAGACUCCAGCUAACAUAGAGGUCAUUGAGACACACAAACUGCCCCACCACGAUAAGGUAGUUCUGGGGCAGAACAUGAUGUUUAUUUAUCUGAUACAAUGUAUAUUGUAGCUAUCUUUAUGGAUCUUCAGCAAAUUCCUGAUUCUGGUGGAACAGGAAGAAAGGCGAGGUAAGUUUAAAAAGUGGCCUGACCUAAAGGGCAGGUUUAUUGACUCUCUGAAUUGGUAUUUCUGAUGAAAUAGAAGUAGGGUUGAUUGCUAUUAAUGAAAAGGUGAUCUUAAAGAUAUUUGUUACAUUACAUGUAUUUAGAGUAUAGCAGGUUCAUUGAGACAAGGUGUUUUCCUGUCAACAUUACAUUAACAAAUGAAAGAUGACAAGCGGUUGUUAUGCCUCCUUGUUGCGGUUUUUACAGUUAUAAAAGUAGAUGGGGCAGGGGGGGGAGGGUCUCAUCACGAGUUCACAAACAACAAUUUUGCAUUUCAUGAGCCACAAAACAAAUUUUUACGUUUUAACGCUGCUCAAAAAUCGAGGUUGUACAAAAUGUCUAAAACAUUAUGUUAGUCCCAUUUUGUAAAACAUAGUGCUUCCAUAGAUUACUUAUUCGACAUUCCCCAUUUCAUUCUAUAAAUUGUGGGGUCAGUGACGUGUUUGCUUUGUUACAUGCCAAUUCUACUGAAAAUUUAAUGCAAAAUUAUUGAAAUCUUAAUUUUUUAGUUGCUUAGAUUUUGGAUUGCAGUAAAGCUCUUGCGGCUUUUAUAAUCAACUUUUAUGUGGGUUUAAGUUUUCCAUAAAUCCUUUUGAGUUGAUUUCUUAUCCAUUCAAUCUUUUCAUUCCCAAAAAAAUUAAUACAAAAUCAAAUAAGAAUGUUUUUAGCCGGUUUGAAGAAUGCUGAAUGAUUCUCGUAAUUACUUUUAAAUGAGUUUAUGUAUGGAGUCAAAGUAAUUACCACUGAUUUUGUGGCCAACAUAAAGAGAUUUGCUGAAAAUAGAACUGAAGAAACCACUAAAUUAUUCUACAGAUUUAACUGUCACCAGUGUCUUUAUACAAGCGAAAGAAACAACAGGAUCCUGUGCCAUAGGUUCAAUAGCAGUCAUAUAUUACAUGCUGUUUUCCAUCUGCGUUAAACUUCAAAAGCAUUACUACAACUAAUUGACAGUGUAUGAAGCAAGAGAUUCUCUUGAUUUUGAGUGAUACUGAGUGUGUCAUUGCUGUGAAUGAAACACCCUGCCAACACCAAUUUGUGGUUGCGUCAAGCCUUGUCUUUGCCAUCUCUUUCCUUGCAGUGCCAAGAAAUGCCUUUAGGUUGCUCUUGUUCAUAGGGUUGGGGAUGAAGUUUUGCUACUUCUUGGGAACUGGAGUAGACGGGCCAAUAUUGGUACCUCAAAGUUUGAUGAUGAUCCCCUUCGAACAUGCUCUGCUUCCUUCAUUGAGUGUUCCUUGUCAUUGCGAUCAAAAACUACAUCCACACGAUUAGAGCCAUUAUUUCCGAAAUGUAUGGUUAUCACGUGGAAGUACAUGUACUUGUUAGUGAGCUCUCCAAAUGUGACUGAGCCUGCGUUCUUCAUAAUUUGCACCACUGCCAUACCAUCUAUGACAUAUGCAUUUGACAUUCUGUAAUCUAAUGUUAGUCUGGGUUGUGCUUCUACUUGUUCCUCGAGUAUCUCCGGAACACACUUUCAGUAGUUUUCCUUAACGAUCCAUCAGGAUUAGCCAGUGUGCUAGGGAAAGAGUCCAGCUUGAACUUUAACACUUCUCUCAAGUCGAUAUCUCUUGAUUGUGAAGCCAUCGAAAGCCGCCCAAACAAGUUCCUGUCCACGCUUACUGUAGCAAGCUUCUCAUCCACUGACUUAACCUUUGCUUUCCUUGACAAACUUGCACACAUUUUUAUGUUCAUCUUUUCCAUCGGUUCCCAAAACCCAACUUCAUUGGUAUUGAUACGCUUGCUCACAAAUAACUUCAUCCUCGCUGCUUCUAGACAUUCGUCAUCAAUAAGUUGCUCUGACAUCUCCUCUGGCAUACCUCCUCUCAGUCCUCUGUAGCAAGGCUCAUUAGUGGAACGUCUUCACUGUAUGCAUCUUCAUAGAACAGACCAGACAUCACUGUCUUCAGAGUAUGUAUGAUCUUUUUGAUGUCAUUUUCGUCUCUUUAAACUCGUGACUUUUGACAAUUCCGUGUGUGUACUUCUUGUAGAUUCAUCCAAUUCUAUCAUUCUUUUGGUAGCAGUCCUGGUUGCUAUUCUCUCGUGUGCUGUCAAAAACCAUUUCAGGAGAGUGCUUGACCUUUAUGUAAUACCAAUUAACAGUAUACCACCUUUAGUUUUACUAUCAAGGUUAAUGCUCUGUUUAGGUGCCAUGUCUACACAGACUUGGUUAAAUGACUGUGACGUUGACCUGCUGACAGUGUGGUUCCCUCUAAGGAACCUGUAGACAUUUAGAGCUUUUUUGCAGAUUGUGCAUAUCCAUAAUAUACACUGGCAGCCAUCGAGAGUAAUUCAAGUGAUCCAUUGCAAAAAAUAAGGAAUCAUCUUUGAUGUAACCUUUAGAUGUAGCUCCCAGUAACCCUUUUAUUCUACUCAAAUGAACUCUGGAAGAAGGAGAAUCAUCUGGAUGUACUUGUCCCAAAACUUGAAAAGUUUCGAUGCCGUUUCUUGCUUAAACUAUGUCAACACAAACGGCAGUGUUACAAAAGAGCAAAUAGGCCUUUUUCCUCUCUUCAGAUGUUGUCCCAGUUGCUGUUCUAUGGCACUUUAUAUCAGAGUAAACAAGAUUUAGAAGUGAAACUCUUUACCUUUUGACUCUACACCUCCUCCUUUACUAACCCAGGAUGAAAAUGCGUCCCAUUUCAAAUGCAGUAGCUCCUCCAUAAUCAAUUUGUGUCCUCUAAUUCCCUUGUUGUAUGAUUUUCCCUGCAAUGGUGCCAUAGUAGAGCUCGAUCCGUAGAGGCCAGACUCUAUAAACACAUCCUCUAAGCCACUUUCCAAUCAAGGCCAAAUAAUGGAGAGCAAUGUGAAAUCCCCCUAAGCGAAUCACCAGGUUUUGGAACUCUUCUGGAUUUCUUCUUCCUUGGAAAAAAUUGCCAGAGCAAAUGUGAUUACUGCAGUGCUCUGCUGGAGAAGUUUGGACAUUUCGUGCAUUGUUUUGAGUACUGUAUAGAUGGUACUUAACUCUGCUGGCAAUCCAGCAAUCAUCAGGCUUUACCUGUAAUGAUUGUACGAGACAACUUGAUGGAAGACAUUUUGGCGCUGAAUGUGCUCCAUCCAGAAACUGAUUACUCUCCAUUCGUAUCAUCAGCCUUCAAUACAACUUUUCUAUUAAGCCGGAGCAGAAACCAUGCCAGUUCAUUCACAUUCUGAGUUGUUGUGGAAUUGCCUCUUAAUUCAAAGUUCUCUUUUCUGCCCCUCCUACGAAUGAGGUGAAGGCAAGACCCUUACCAUGCACACUGCACUCGUGCUUGGGUUGACCCUGAACUGGUUUCUCUAAAGAUCCUCUAGGGGUGUGGUCGGUGUGGAUCUUCAGUGGGAGUUUGGGUCCAAACGGCUGACGCUGAUACACUACUAGCAUUGUGGCAUGUGUGGUUUGUUUGCCAUCUAGAGUUUCCUCGUUGAAGUCAUUAUUGUCAGCAACUAAUUGGACAAAUGGGUCAGGGAUGAUGUUUAGUGGGAUGACUACUCUAGUUUAAGCAGUGCCCCAUUUUGUUUAACAAAGUCACGACUUCCUUAGACCCAGUUAAAUGAUGUAUGGUGACUGCCAAACCUAUGUGUCUUGGUGUUUUCACCUGACUGUUGGUCGCGCAUGAAUUACAUGCUGACAUACCACAACUACGCGUCUUCCUUUCUCAGCGAUAAGAGUAGAUCCAUCCAUCUUGCCUUAAGAUAACCUCUGAAAGAAAACUGUAAAGGCUUUCUGGUAUUAGACACCUGCCCUUCUCUAUGGACACAUCGUCUACACACAAUGGCUUGAUUGAAAUACCGUUGCACUGUCUGAUGUCAUUUUUUAUUAUCUAGACUGCUUGGUACAAAUGGUAGCUUUAUCCUGUUCCAUAUCCUGUCUUGUGUCCUCAUCAACUUCAAAAUCUUCACUGGACUGCUGAGAGACUGAUGUUUUCACCGUGUCUGUCUGGAAUAAAUUAAUUCAGGCUUUGAAGGGUCAUUCUGCUUCUCGAUGACUGUUUGGUCUAAGAAAUAGCUUCUCAUUCUUCUUUUGAGCUUUUUGCUGCAAUACUUGCUGGUAGAAAUGCCUUUGAUGUCCAAUACCUGCUUAUAGCGGUCUAGCAAAUGGCUCAUGUCAUAAGUCUUUCCUUCAGAUUAUCCAGGAGUAAUUUCAUCCGCUAACAUAGCAAACACUGCAGAAUACACAUACUCUUCCUCUUCAUUGUCUUCCUUGCAACUGAGUCAUUUUAGAUUUUUCUUACUAACAUAUUAUUUUGCUGCGACAUUUUCCAUUAAAUUUCGCUUCUUUUGCUAUCAAAACAACGCCUUUGGCAUUUAAAAGCAAUCGCUGGUCAUCACGAGCUAUGGCAGCAACUACAAUUGCUUCCAUAUCUAAAAAAAGGUAAUUGCUUGUUUUAGGAUUGCUUUACAAUUGGUAAUCAAAUUACAUGCUUUAAAGAUCGAUGGUUCAGUUUAUAUUGAAUUGGUUGUAAAAACAAGGUCUAAUUAUAGAAAAAUUUUCUCUAUUUCAUUAGCUCAUUUUUCUUAAUCAACUGUGAAAAAUCUUUUAACUUACACCUAGCACAACCAAAUUAAAAAAAGGUGUCUAACGGGAUUAAAAGUGGCAAAAUGGAAAUACUUCUUUCCUUUUGAAAAUUAAAUCAUUCCAGCAGUUAAAAUGACGGAUGCUCCUUGCAAAGCAAUUCGGGAUAUGCAUCAAAAUCAUCAUGGGAAUGAAAAACAAAACAUGAAAAUGUUCAAAUUGAUGCUUCAAAAUACCCCCGACCCCCCUCAGAAAUUGCAGCGUACCAAGUCACUGACCCCACAAUUUGUAAAUCCAAACGCCAAGUAAGUAAUCUAUGGGUAUUUGGCUAUCUGGAUCUGUUGUCAAACCUUUUGUGCAGUGGGGGUGCCCCGCAGAUGUUCUUAGGGGUUUGUCAUGCAUUCCUGCCCCACUAACCCCUAAGAACAACUAUGUGGGAGGCUACUCCUUGACUUUUUCAUCACAUUGAUCUGACAAAACAAUUUUUUAAACUUGAAACUUUUGCAGACUCUUGUAAAGAUGUUACGCCUAAAAUAAUUACAAUCCUACGGGGGGUGACAACUCUAACAAAGGCUGUUUGGGCAGUCCUAUGAAUAACUUUAUGUCCUCCCGGAAAUUUCGUCGACCCUCCUGAAUUUUUCGGUGGCAUUCCCCAUAAAUGUUUAACUUCCCAAAAUUGUUUUAACAAUUAAAAUUAAAAUUUUAAUUAGCAGCUUCUUGUUAAUUAUCUAACCUUAGUUAUUUUUUCGUUAGAGGGUAUCAUGUUAACACAGAAAGACUGUCAAACUUUUUAAUUAUAUAUAAAUCGUGUUUUUUUUUAUUUUUAAUCACCGACGAAUCAGGCGAGCGCUGAAGGGGCCAACCACUAGGGGGGUCUGGGGGCAUGCUCCCCCAGAAAAUUUUGAAAUCUUUGUGCUCUGAAACGCCGUUUCUAGUGUUCUGAGAGGACAAAUUCUGUCCAAAAUGUUCUCUAAAUCAAUUGUCCUUUUUAUGCUUAUUUUUAUUGGCGUGACUUCGCGUAGAAGUAGUCGAUUUUAUUUUAUACAAGUUGUGCGGUUUUUGAAAUUGCUCUGGAAAUCACUUUCAGCUAAGUAUAGUCUGUGUGGUGUCAUUGUAUGAGUAUCAUAAGAAUUCAUUUGAAAAUUUCAGAACUGUCGAAAUCUGGAAUUUUCCUAUUCCGAACGCAUAUUGAUCAGGAUUCGGGAUUUUUGAGUAAAAUCGGAAGGACCCCGACGAGAUCAGGAUGAUUAAAGAGUCUUCACAGACAUACUAUUUUUUAUGGCCUCAUGUGCGUUUAACAAGGUUAAAUGAGUUUCGUUUUUUUCUUACGUACUUCUAACGUACUUUUUCCAAGUUUUCCAGUAUGCAAUCAGUGGAAUGUGCUCUUAAAACUCGUUAACAUGCAGCGUAAAAAUACCCCUGAACUAAUGAAUGAUGGGAUCUGGUGUGAACUGAUAGUAUGUGCCUUGCACCGACCCUUGCACCGGUACGGUUCGUGUGUCAAUCCGCUGGGGAUUGCACGGGGUCAAUCGCACUAUAUUAGUUGGAAACGUUGCUGAUUAAGCCGUUUUUAAUUGUCAAAAUACAAGGAAUACAACGUAUCGGCACAGGGUGCAUAUCACUGUAUACAUAUUGUUUGAUAACAUGUAAUAUCAAAUCUUUGUUCAAUGUCCCGAAAAUAUCUCAUAUUUCCCGAAAAAUUUCCCAGGUUUCGCGAUUCCCGGCAAAAUCUCCAGAUUCCCGGAAUAAAUUUGUUUUUCUCCCGAAACAGCCCUUGUUAGAGCUGUCACCCCCCGUAAUCCUCCCCUAAUGUUGUUAUUAUGUCAACAAUCACCCUCCCCUAAACUGCAGGUAAAAAUUCAACCUCCUCCCCCAAGUAAAGUGGCUUUAUCCCUGCCCUUUCCUGCUAAAUGACCUGUCCCCAAUGCGUUUGAAGUCCCCGGUCUUAUAAAGGUGUUUUACACAUAAAAUAUUUAGUCUCUCUUAUAGUUAUUCACUGACUUUGUUUUGUGUUAGUUUAUUCUAUGUAUUUAUUGUAUGUUGCAGUGCCUGUAUUGUCGUUUAGUCCGUCUACUAGAACCUUGUAAUGUAAAAAUGUCUUUCCUCCCUAUGCCUACCCUUAAUUAGUUACUAUGGGUUAUUAGCUUAAUGAUUAUUUAUCAGCUACUUUGUUAUCCUACUCAAGUACACUUGUGUAAAUGCCUUAUAUAGUGUGAAAUAAGGAAAGUUUAAAAAAGAAAGAUUAAGAUUAUUAUUUUAUACUGGUUGAAUUUCAAUUAAGGGCCUGUUUACAUGGAGUGGGGGACCCUGGUCAAGUGGGGUUGGUUUCUUUUGUUUUCACGCUCUGGGGGACACAAAACAAAAGAAACCUACCCCACUAGACCGGGGUCCCCCACUCCAUGUAAACAGGCCCUAAAUUUGUUGUUGAAGUGUUCUUUUCUCCUUUUUCCCGAACGAGAUUGUUAACGCGAGACAUUUCGUGUAUCAUAUUUGAAGUACAUAUUUUUACCGCCGCUGGCCGUCAGAAUUGCAGUGUUGCGAUUUGCGUCGUAAGUAAAAAGAAAUCAAGAAAAAAGAUGUCUGCCGUUUUCGAAUCAUCAGAGGAAAAAACGAAUGGCACAAAACUGGCACGGUUAGUGAUUGAUGGAGGAACACACGCGUUAAGGACCUUUUUGCACAGUAUUCAUCGCCCGGCCGUUUUACGAGCAGCACUGGCGAGCAACUAUGGAAAACUACAGGUUCUAAAGUCGAGACGAGCGAUCUUUGAUAGUCAGUGGGAGUCGCUUUUUCCUUCUUCAGGUGAUCCACCAGAUUCCGAGACAUUCGACAUUACCCUUUUGCAUUUGUUGCUUCGGGAAAUUUGUUAUUUGGCGCCGCCUUUAACAGGAUGGAACAAUCUGCCACUAGAUUCGGAUGUCAGUCCCGAAGCACACAUUGUCCGAAUAAAAUGCUUUAGAAAUGAGCUCUGUCACAGUAUUUCUACUGGUAUUACAAAUACCGAGUUUGAAGAUAAGUGGAACAAGAUUUCUAAGUCGCUAGUCGCGUUAGGACUCGAUCAAAAGGAGAUAGACCUCCUUAAGACUAAACCAAUUGAUCAUGAUACUGAAAGCCGUGUAAAGGCGGAAGUGGAAAGGUGGACUCGGGAUUUUGAGACACAAAUACAGAUCUUGGAGCAAGAGGUCAAACAGAUGAAAGAUGAAAUCUCAACAAUACAUGAUUCAAUUUCAGAAAAAGGUGCAAACGAGCUCGCAAAUUGUCUUCCAGAUGAAAUUCCAGAUGUCUUUGGUCGUUCAGAGGAGAUAAGACAAAUCACAGAAGCUAUCCAAUUUGAAGGAGUAGCCACUGUUGUGAUAACAGGGGGGCCAGGGUUUGGAAAAACCACAGUGGCCAACAAAGUCGCUCAUGAACUGGUAGGUGUUUGCAAAAACACAGUUUUGUAUUACCCGAUCAGAUCAAAAUUAACAGUUGAUGAUGUCGCAACCUCAAUGAUUCUUACCUGUAAUAAAAAUCACUCUCAUCCCCCACAGAAUCCUCAUCAUUGGCUGCUUAACUGGAGCAAGCAACAAAAGAACAAUGUUACUUUCAUUUUAGACAAUGCUGAUGACGUUCUUAAUUCAGAUGACCGAUUGCACUUCAUAAAUCUUUUACGUGAUAUGAGAAUCUUAUCAGGACAGAAUGUUGAUUUUCUUGUUACAUCUCGAAGAGUAUUCAAAGAUUCAAGCUUGAAGAUGAUAGAAGUCAGAUUAAAACCCUUACCACCUGAAGAAUCUCAAAGAGUUCUUACUGCACAAGUCUCCGAUGACUGUAUUAAAAAACAGCUGUCCAAAACAGACAUCCUAGUUGAACUGUGUGGUUGUGUGCCUCUUGCUCUCUGUAUUGUUGGCUCUUUGCUUUUAGACUACACAGAAAGUGAGUUGAUUAACAGUCUUAAUGAAAAGCCAUUGGAAGUGCUUCGAGAAGAUGAAAGUGAUGAUAAUUCUGUUGAAAAGGCUAUUAAAACCUCCUAUGAUGUUUUGAACCACAUUGAGCAACAAGUCCUGGUUGUUAUGUCAGCCUUUCCUGGUUCUUUUAGUUCUGAAGCUGCCAAGACUGUAAUUAGUAAGUGCACGAGCUGCACUACUCAGCCGAUAUCAAUUCUUCGUUCUUUGAAAAAUCGGUCACUCAUUGAACAACCAGCGUCACACAGAUAUCAGAUCCAUCCACUUAUACAGGCAUUUCUGAAAACUAUCGAUCAAGAUAUUGGUACUCAGCUUGUCAUAUGGGGAGAAAGAGUGGCUUGUGAUUACUUUAUUUCUCAGCUUGCUGAUAAUGCCAACCUAUACUGGACCAAGGACAUGUGCAAAGAGUCCAUUCAGCGUUUUAAUAAGGACAGACAUAACUUUGAAUAUUUCCUCAAAGCCUGUAUCAGUGGGUUGAAGAAUGAAGAUCCUGAUGUCUUAGCAGUCAUGGAAACCUUAGUGGAGAGGAUUUCCCAAAUAUCUUCAAUAUACUUGUAUUUAGAGAUGUGCCUUCUUCCUAGUGUUUAUGUGGAGUUUCUUAAACUUUCUUGUGAUUUGCUGACAUCUGGUCAUCACCCUUCCACUAAAAGAGUGGAGCUUCUUUGCCUUGUUGUGCAUGAAAGCAGAAGAGCUGGAGAUCUCAAGAAGUACAAAGAGUUCCAGGAAAAGGCCAGAGAAGCACACUUGCAGAAUCCUGCAGAAUUUGAGGGUGAAAAGGUGUCAGAAGCUUUCUUUCACAACAACAAUGCACGCUUCCUUGCUGAGGAAGGAAAACUAGAUGAAGCAAAAGAACAAUUUGACUUGUGUCGUAACAUAUGUGAGGAAAAUUUGUCUUUGGAUUACAUGUAUGUACAGAAAGCAAUAACCUUGCUUUUUGCUGGUUAUGAAGACAAUCGUCGCAAUGAACGCUGUAAAGCAGAACAAAAACUAAAUGAAGCAUUGGACCUUUAUCAAAGGGUCCUUGUGAAACAUGUUAUGACUGCUUGGGCUGAAAGAAAGCUUGCAGAUUUUCACCUCUUUCAUGGUGAUGGUAGUUUGGGAACUGUAGAAGACCAGCAAAAAUGUAUUGAGCUUUAUGGGGAUGCAUUAACAAUUAUGGAGAGUCUUGGAAUGGCAGGCCACAAAGAGUGCAUCCUGAGUCUGACAAACUUAGGCAUAUGUCACCAACUACAAGGCAAUCAAGAACAAGCGAUGAAAUUAUAUCAAGGAGCUUUGAACAUUGCAGAAAGAGAAUUAGGAGAGAAUCACAAGUGGAAAGUAUAUCUUAAAACACAAAUGGCUUACUGGAAUAAAGAAAAAGGAAAUUUGGAGGAGGCCAAAGCAUUAAAAGAAGAAGCAAUAUGUAUGAGCGAUACUUUGGGGCUCCCAGUCAAUCAACCACGCAACAAGUUUUCGUUGCAGAAAAUUUGAUGCUGGGAUGAAUUAACAAAGACGAGAUUAUGCAACUUUGACAUUCCAAGUGUAUUCUCCUUUUACAAAGGAAUAGUCACUAUUUUUAAUGCCAGUUUAAACUAAACACUAGCUUUUAAACUAAACACUAGCUUUAAAUCCUAAGAGUGAUCAGCAUCAAAUUUCUCCUUGUAACAGCAAUGCUUUGUAAAACGAAGUAGUCAUUAGAAUUAAUGACAUUAUCACACAAGAUGUAUUUGCUUGAUACUUUAUCAACUUCUCCCCACUACUUCUAUAGUAAUGAAUAGGGAUGACAAAGGAGAAUUUUAAUUUUGAUCUUAGGGUUUAAAGGGUUAAAGGAUAAUGAUCAUUGCUGUCCUGAUACUGGAGAGAGGGGUGCUUUUAGGAUGGAGGGACCUUAUUUGAGCUUUCUGAUUAAAUGCGUAAUGGAAUACCUACAAGUAACAACAAUGGUGACAGCAGUGGAAACAUUACCUAUAAAGUGAAUUCAUGAUCUUUUAAACUUCAUCGGUGUGAUUCCAACUUGCUAAGUUUUUUAAACAAGGGCAAAUUCUCCUAAGGACUGUACUCAAGUUGGUAAAAAAAGAAAAAUUUGUUGUGGUUGUAUGUUUACAUCCUCCAUUAAACGCUGGAUUAGUAAAAUUUUGCAUUGUUAUGCAGUGUCAGCAAAGAAAUGUGCCAAACAGUGUGAGGCAUAUACUGAGUUGUUCUUUUGCUUAAUAAACCUAUUGCUUUUUUGAUGUUCUCAUUAUUGUGGCUACUUAAGCUCCUUAAUGAAUACGUUUCAGAGGGAGAAGGCAUGAAAAUGAUAAUGAUAAAUGAUAAUAGCAUUUUUUAACUAGGAUAAAACCCAUCAGCAAAAGCUGCUAUAAGUGGGUUCCCUGGGCAACUUCAAAAAAACAAAUAAUAAUAAUAAUGAUAAUAAUGAUAAUAAUAAUAAUAAUAAUAAUAAUAAUAAUAAUAAUAAUAAUAAUAAUAAAUAAGUAAAAGAAGUCAUGGAGAAAAUAAAAUCUAUGUGUUAUGUAGCAGAUAAAAAGGUAUGACUGGCAGAAAUUAUUAAAUGUAAGGGUAAUUUAAGGUUGCUUGACUGGAUUUUUCAUGGGCACAACCUUCCAAGUUUGAGCAUUAACUACGUUGCUCUUAACAAAGACUUGGAAAAAAUACCACCACUGCUGUUUUAGAUGAGGAUGAAAAUUUGUUAUGAUAGUGUUUCAUUUACAAUGGGGUUGUCAUAGCAACGAAAUGACGUCAUUAUCUACUUUACUUGCAGCCGUAUUUCUUGGAACGGGAAGGUUUUUUCCAAAAUUGUUUAUGGGAGCUUGUUCCUCCAGUAGCUGCCUCAAUGUCUGUAAAGUUUGAGGAAGUGACCUUCUGACCUUCUUGCCCCCAAGAGAUACCUAGCCGGCAUUCUCAUAAAGAGCAAUAAAUUUCACUCUUUUCUGCUUCCUUAACUUCUUCCUGUGGUACUUUAUAGCUUUCAGCCAAGUGAAUGCAAAGUGUUUUUUUGGUUGGUUGUUUGUUGGUGUUGAAAACAAACUAGUGAAAGGCUUAUCUAUUGGAAUAAACCUUUUCUCUUGUGACUUCACUGUGCUCUAUAAGUUUGCCUCUUUCUUGUGUCAUGCAUCUACAAGAAAAUGGGUCAUAAAAAGUUCCAAUUAUCUAACAUAUACAGAAGCCAAAUUCUAAUGUGUCAUGAAAUGUGCAAGGAAAUGUUUGUGCUAUGAUUGUGACUGGUCAGCCAAAUUCAUUAUACCUCUGUAAAGUAAAUUAUUUAAUAUAAAUGAUUUAUGUGCCUUAUGCCACAUACAUGGUUUAUCAAAGUUUACUGGUAAUGCACAGGGCCAGCUGCUGAACUAAUUCAGUGCAAGUGCAAAUCAUGGAGCAUUUUAUAGUGGAGCUCUCGUGUGCGCGAAGCGUGUGCAGCAAAGCACCAUGGGAAGAAAAUGUGGUAAUCUACCCAUCUGAGAAAUUUUGGUAAUCACGUGACUCUACCUCGACCCUUCUGUCCGCACCACAGGCAUACCAAUGUAAAUUAACUCAAUCAACAGUAUGGCAACCCAAAUGCAACUCAAGGUUCUGUUUGUAAUGAAAUCGCAUGGCCGCCCAGACUUUUAGAGAGAAAAAACAACAACAAAGUUGUGUCUUUUUCGACGUUAUUUUUGAUGUUUACACUCAUGUGGAUAACAGAGAAAGAAAGAACUAGAGUGAGUGAUUGAAAGCAAAGGAGAUGAAUUUCAUCAGAAGAAAAACAUGAAAAUUUCAUAGUGGCGGUGAGAAAAUGAGAAAUGCUAGCAGCCUGCAAGGUGAAAAUGAGUGGCAGUGAAAAAAGAAAUCAAUAUAUUAAAUAAAGAAAUGGUAAUCAAAUAAUAGUAAUGUGAUUUCUUGUCAUCUUUUUAUUAUUGAUAUUAGUUUUCUUUUUAACAGCCUGAUCAAGAUCAGCAGAAGGUAUAGAAGCGUAUUAAGAGCUUGCAUUCUGGACCUGGAAGAAAAGGCUGGUACGUUGUGUUAGAUUGCUUCGAUGUUAUCUUUAUUUUUUUUUUGUUACUUUCUCUGAUCUCUAUGUUCGCAUUCUCUGAUCUCUAUGUUUGCUGUGUGCACUAUGCUACUUACCGGUAUAUACAAAUAUACAAAGAACUUUAGUGAAAACAUGGAACUACACAUGUUGUAACUUAGACAUUGCAUGCUAUAAAUUAUCUUCCAUAAAUUAUAAGCAGAUGUGCCUGGACCUCUUCUCAGAAAAGGCGCCCUGUGAUUCGAUUAAUCUUGUAAAUGACCACCUCCCGUAAGCAACCACUCAAUCUUUGCAUUUUCGGUGGACGCUUACGGGAGGUUCCACUGUACUAAGCUUAUAAUUUUUUUUACCUCUGUUAAUUACCCUGUUUAACAGAUAUAAACACUAUGUAUUGAAUUUUUUUGACCCACUUGCAGUGGACUCUAGACUUUCAUUGAGCAGUCCUCAGUCAAGUAUUGCACAGGUGGGUAUUGUGGAGGAAAAUUGAAGAAAUCUAGUAUUGUGACUGUAAUUUACCACUUUAAAGUACAUGUGUAUUAUAUUUUGUAAAUAAGAGUAUACAAUGUGUUGGGAGUCAGGGUCCACCAUUACCAUCCAACUGUGCAACUAGUUAGCCUGCGAGCAAGCUCUCUGGGGCCCUCUGACAGUGGGGUGGGAAAAGAAAGGAGAGCUUGUAACUACGUCUCUGGAAUUUGAAUAUCUGCAUCGAAAAAGUCAAUACGAAAUGCUGAUUGGCGGAGAUGACAUUAGAAAUGAUGUCAUUACCCUUGGCAAGUGUUUUUCAAUGUUUGUUUACAUUUGCGCACAUUUCCACUUCACACUGACUGGCAGAAAUCUGACAGCUCAGUAGAUAAGGAGCCACAGGGAAGUUGGAGGUGGAAUUCAAAUUCCAGAGACAUAGUUUCAAGCUCUCCUUCCUUUUCGCGCCCCACUACCAGAGCGCCCCGGAGAGCUUGCUCACAGCUAGCAACUAGUUGACCCCAUUACCUGGCAAAGAGCAGUUAUGUGUGGUUCCAAAAAUUAUCCAUACCUCCCCCGCAGAAGGGAUUUUUUCUUAGGACCCCCCACCCCUCUGGAAAUUCCAGUCAAGCUUAAAUUUUUGGGCCUUUGAGAACCCCCCACCCCCAAGGAAUUUCCAAUCCCUUCCGUGGGGGGAAGUAUGGAUAUUUUCUGGGACUACACAAUGUGGAUCUUUAAGGGCACUUAUGGAUCACUGAUUGUGAAACAUCUGUGGCUGUUAUUCACUUCCACUUCCCUUCCAUGUUGGAUGCAUGUCUAAUUUGUUUUUACCACUAGUCUAGAUGUCUAGCUGCUUUUCUAUUUUAUAAUUUGCAGAAGCAUCUGUUGACACUUAUUGAAACUGUCUGGCACCUGUGUGAAAUACUGUUCAUUGAAACUUUGCCAGGUAAGACAUGUGAUACAAUGAUAGUUAUGCAAACUUGUAAAGUGCUUCAAAAUCACAACCAUCACACUCAACAAUUUAUCUUUAUUUCUUGGAACAGGUGGAGCUGUUCUUCAUCAUCUGCUAGAAUGGGUCCAAAAUGGACAUGCUGACAAGUAUGUCAAAGAUGUGCUACAGCAUUCACAGCCACAUGAUAGCCCUUCAUACUGGCCUGCCGUAAGUGUUCUCUCCACCUGGCCAUGGUAGUUCAAAAGUUGAAUAUUGUUGUCCACUGGCAAAUCACUGUCCAGUGAUAUAAGUAUAGGGAAAACCAAUACAAUAUAUUAUCUACUGGAUAGAGAUUUGUUCAGUCAUUAACACUAUCCACCUUUGAGCAACUGGGGCGGCCUGGUCAUAUUUUUAAUAUGUAGUAUACACGUAUUUCUCUCCUCCUACAACACUUUUUGUGGUUGCUGUUUAUUGGGGAUGAGCAUUGCAUGACAAGACAAAAAUAGGGAAUGUAAGCAAAGGCAUUUUUGAGUGACGCCGUCAAUCAGAAGUGGACUUUUUACAUUCCUGAGCAGUGGUUUUGCCCAAAUUUUCAGUUAAAUCGUCUCUACAAGUGUAAAGAAAGUAAGCAAUACAAAUUGCAUAGCGUCAAGGCAUAUUAAAAGGAAAAAGUCUUCACUUCCAGUUGACAUACGUCUCUCAAAAACAUCUUUGCUUAAGCUCCCUAAUGGCUGCAAGGGACACCACUUGUACAGGAGCUUAUAGCCAUUACAGUGCCAUUAAGUUGUUAGAAGGUUUAGGAAAUCAGUUCACAGUAAGUCUGCUAUGUGAAUAACAACAGAAUCUUUACCUUAACAAUAUUGGUAAACUUGCUUUGCAAAGGUGCUUUGACAAAUUCACUUGGUUCUCAAGAGGUGACAAUCCUUUUUUAUUCUUUCGUUUUUGUGAUUCUUUUUUGCAUCACUAAGCCUGCAUUUCUUCAUUCCGUGAAGCCUACAGAGAUGCAUGAGAACUUAGACAAAAACAAAACAAAAUUUGUUUAUCAUUAUUCAGUUUGUAUUUUCAUUCCUACAGAUCUACUCUUUGGUUCUUCAAGGGCGGAUAAAUGAUGUGCGUGAACUUCUUGCCCAGCAUCCAGAAAAGCAGCCAGGAAAAUAUGAUGUGAGAAUUUCUUUGGGUUUUUAUUAUUUUGGCCUUCAACUCCAUCGAGCAGGGCUGUCACUAAAAAGUGCCAGGGGCCAGGGAUUUCCACUGGCUACAAUAAGCAUAACCCCUGGCUACAUUCUUAGGAAACUAGAGAAAAGUAAAGUUGAACCUCUAUUAAGCGGCCACCCUCGAGGUACCAGCAAAUGGCAGCUUAAUGGAGGUUGGCCGCUCAGUAGAGGUUCGUCAGAAAUUAGCAUAAUCUUUAGCAGAAACAUCACUUUAUUUUGAAACAAAUGCAUGACGGGAGAAGCAUUACUGGUCCACAGUUCAUCGUCAACUUUCAUCUCAGACUGUAUUUUUCUUAUCAAAUUCUUGAAAUGAGGCUCAUUUAAGUGUAUCGAGCACUUGAUGGCUGCUUAAUUGAGGUGGCAACAACAGGAGAACUCUUGUUGGGACGGACAAAAAGGGGCCGCGGACACUCAAUAGAGGUUUAAUUUCCCAUUCUUUUCUACAAUUAUUUCGGGACUUUGAUUACUGGCCGGUUAACAGAGGUUCAACUGUAGAACCAAAAGAACUUCCUAGCUGUUUAAUUACCUGCCUACUAAUUGCAUUAUACCCAACAACUUGAAAUCUUAGUGACAACUGUGCUUGAAGUGCUCUAAAUUUAAGUUAAGAUUAAUUAAAAGCUUUUUCUUAAUAUUGCAGGAGUUUGAAAGCAUCGAUGAACUUCUUCGAAAAAUGCCAAUGUACCAGGUUGGUUCAAUAGGAAAUGAUUAUUUGCACUUAAGGAAGAUAUAAGCAAAAUGUGUGUCUACAGUUCUUAAAAAGUGCGAGUAAUAACUAAAAGAUUAUUGCUAAAGAACAGGUCAUCCAAUGAAGGUGCUCCUAAAUCGCAUAAUGAUGGCCCUUAGGGGGCACUAGGUGUCUUGUAAUUUGCGAUCCUGAGGAUUAUAUAGAAACUAGGCAGUGAAGAAACAUGCAUUUUCAUUGUUGUGGUGAAUUUGCUGCAAAUUGUAAUUUGUUGUUUGUUUACCCACAGAGCACUUAGGAAUUCAUAAGAACUCGUUGAAAACAUGUCUGUACGUUCGAGAUUGAAUUGUUGGAAAUGUUGGAUUUUAACGAGAGGUAAAAACCGGAGUGCCCGGAGAAAAACCUCCCGGAGCAAGGGGGAGAACCAACAACAAACUCAACCAAGACAUGGUGUCGACGCCAGGAUAUGAACCCUGGCCACAUUGGUGGGAGGCGAGUGCUCUCACCACUACGCCACUCUUGCUCACCAAAUGAGAACAAUCAAGAGGAAGAAUAAUCAUUACAGCAAAAACUGCAUUCAGUCACUUAGCAUUCUGGUAAAAUCUUUAUUUAUUAAAUUUACAGUUAUACAUGGGCCAGACCUUACAAGAAUUUAGUAUGAAGUGGAGCCAUUGGCAACAGGAGUGCAGGCAUCGCCUGGAAAGUGAAACCUAUGCAGCAAAUCCUCAUUUACACACCCUUUGUCAGGUGAAGAACAAAAUGAUUUCAAGACUACCGUUUGCAAAUUCAAAUUGUUGAUGCUUAUAUUAGUACUGCCUAUAUUGAUCAUGUAUGAAAUAUUUUAUAUAUUUUGCUACUUAAAAUCUAUUUGGUGAGAAAAAUUGCUUUUUUUAAUUAUGUCUCCGGAGAAUGCAAGUUACACUGACCCUGGAAAUCCUCCCUUGUUUUGUCCAGAUACUUUGUGGCGAGGAAGAAGUAUUUGAUGAAAUGAUGUAAGUUACCACUACUAAGUUUUCAGUCAAUUGAGACACAAAAUAUUCACCAAUUAUUCGCUGCCAAUGUAACAUUUAGUUUCAGUUUUACUAAUUAAUCCUUCCUAAUGAAUGAAAUGAAUGAUAGACUGUAUUAUUUAAUUAAUCGCGACUGUGAGUGUGGACUCUUUUCUGUAGGGUUUCAAUCACGUGCUAGAAGUCUGAAUCAGCUAAACUAAAUAAGUCGCCCCUCUCUAUUACCCCCCCCCUUCAAACAUGCUUGAAAUAAGUAAGCAUAUAAUUGGAGGUGGGGUGGGGUCUUUUUUUUUUGGGGUUUCAACAACGUGUAAAAAACUUGAAACACCAAAAAAAAAAAAGCGCCCCCCCCCUAUCCCCCCCCCCCCCCAAACACUUUUGAAAAAAAAAGCCCCCCCCCCCCCCCCCCAGGGGCUUUCUAGAGGAUUUUUCGUACUUAAGUCAAGUGUCACUUACGGAUUUCUUGGACAUGGUCUUGCAGUUAAUUAGCAGUCUUGCAAUAAAUUAUCAGUACUUAUUUUUUCUCUUUACAGCAAGUAUUGUAAGACAUGGUACCAGCUACUCGUGGCUAAAUUACUAUACUGUAAUCCUGCUGUCAAAUCUUUUGACUUACAGUAUCAUACACAGGUAUGCAACUGCUAUUGGUUAAAUGACUGAGAGGGUGUGUCUGUUCUAGGAAUUAGUGAGUGAAUGAAUGAACGAACAAACGAACGAACGAAUAGAUGAAUGAAAGAACGAACGAACGACAGACGAAUAAAUGAACGAACGAACGAACUAACGAAUGGAUGAAUGAAUGAACAAGCAAACGAUCCAACGAACCAACGAAUGAACGAACAAAUAGGUGAACGAACAAAGAGCUCGAAUGUAAACAAAUAUUGAAAAACACGUGCCAAGGGUAAUGACGUCAUUACUAAUGUCAUCUCCGCCAAUCAGCAUUUCGCAUCGACUGUUUCGAUGCAGAUACUCAAGUACCAGAGAGGUAGUUGCAAGCUCUCCUUCCUUUUCCCGCCCCGCCGCCAGAGUGCUCCGGAGAGCUUGCUUGAGCUGACUGGUCUGGUCCUAUUUUAUUACUUUUUCAGGCUUGCAUUAGUCAAUUUGGAGGAAGUUCGAACGUGCACAGUUUUGACAGAAUUCUGUUCUCGGCAUUUGAAUUUGAUGUUCAUGCCGUUAUUAAGGAAAGCAGGUACACUAUUUCUCUAUUUAUUAGGGCCAUUUAUACGAGGAAAAAUAAGACGCGUCUUAAAUAAGACACGAACUUUCCGUAUAAACAGCACAUUUCGUCAAAAAUAAGACGCGACCAAGCUAAGACGCGUCUUAUUUCAGAACAGCCCUUAACUCCUGUUCUUAGAUAAGACGCGUCUUAGCUAAGACAAGAAAACCUUCGUUUAAAUGACCUUCGUGUCUUACAUAAGACGCGAACGCAUAGUACGCAUGCGUUAAAUUUUGGCGGGAAAAUUAUCGCUUGCCCCGCGGUGGACUGGCAGGCUACUGGCGGGGAAAAAUUGUUUACAAAUUACAACGCGUUUUCGUUUCCUUGUCUAUUCCGCUUUAUUUUUUUCUUCGCUCAAAUACAAUGAGCACGCCGUUAAACGUAAAAAGAAACACUUCGUCCAUCGCGGGGGAAAAGUAUUUUUUGUUAUUAUGUAAGGAGAAGGCGAUAACAGACCUCCUGGACAAAUGCGUGACAUCUGCUGGUGUAAGUAGACCCUUUUAACUUUAAACUAUCACAAUUUAUAUUUACUAAUCAAAUUGCUAUCUUCGUAUUAUAAACUUACACUUUAAAAGUAAGUUUAAGUAUACAGAAGACUUAGAUAAGACAUGCUCGAAUAACUGGUCCAGUUGGCGUCUUAUUUAAGACGGGUCUUAUACAAGACGCGCCUUACUUUUCCUCGUAUAAAUGGCCCUAUUGUCUCUUGUGCUACCUAACUAGGAUUGCUCUUGGACAAAGCACUUAAUCAAAGCCAAAUCAACUUUAAAACUGAGAGCAGUCUCGUACUUUUCUUUAAAGUUUUUGGGUUAGUAUCAGACAGGCGAGGGGCUAGCGGAGAAGCUGCUACCCAGGGGUGUUUCACACUUCCAGUCACACAAAUGCUCACUUUCUAAUCUCACACGUUUUGCUAAUGGACUAAGAAGGAAAGAAGGGGGGAUAGGGGCCGCUCUAAUCUAUUCUAUUGUCGGGCUGUUUCAGUGCUCUAACACAGUAGUUGCAAGCAAAGGUCAAUAAUUAUUGCUGAGUUGCCUUCCAUUCCAAAAUGUCUUUCAGCCUAUCAUCUAGCAAUAUAAAAACCCUGUUAUCAUUCAUCACCCUUAAACAUUUAACACCUUGUUUUGUUGAUAUAUAGUGACACACUUGGUAACUGGUGGUUUGUAGCCCAUCUGACUGACUUGCUUCAUCAUUGUGGACAGCUAGAUUCACACCACAUGAGGUAAAAAGACUUAAGUCAUACAGUUAUUGCUAUUGAGUCUGUAUUGUCACUGUAUGACCCGCAAUCUAGUGAGCAGUAUUUUGCUGUAAAUAUGCUGUUUAUUUUGCUGAGCAAAGUGAUUCGAACUCUUAAGUCCGUGCAUGAAGUCCUAAAUCAGCGGCGAAUCCAGACCUUUACUUAAGGGGGGCCCGGUCCUCCAUACCCUGAGAUAAGAGGGGCAGGGCUCCCCCCGGGCCUCUCCCCUGGAUCUGGCACUGUAAAUCAUGCUUAAAAGUUAUCCGGACCUGAUUUAGCCCUGCAUUUGGAUGUUUGCUUAGGAAGGUCUCUGGCCAAUGACAAAAAAGCUACUGAACAGUACCUUCCUAUGUUUCCGUUUCUCUAUGAUAUGGUUCUGACAUUUGAAUCCGUGAUCGAAAUUGAAGUGUGUGACUAUUCAAAUGAACCCACUAAUCAGUACUUUUGUGUGGUGCUGUUUAUUAUGCUGCACGAAGUAAUUUUAACUGUCGAGACGGCGGGCGAGAAAACCAAAACACAACAAGAAAAGAAAAAAGCAAAUGAACAAUCUCAAAAGUUGCAGGCUUAGCGGCGCAUGCAAUAUUAGGAGAAGAGUUUACAGCCUGCGAAGCAAGCGCCGGUUUCGCGCUCUCUAUAAAAACUAACCAAAGAAACUAACCGGCGCCACGCAAGGCUAAAGAGUUUACAUAAUUAUUAUUUCUUUUUUCAGUCAUAGCAGUACAUGUAGCUUGAGAGAAUUUCUGUUAUUGGAAUACGCUGCAAGUCUUAUGUCAAAUCACAGGUGAGAGUUGCUCCUAAUGGCAGUAGCUGACGUGACACUCACUUUCCUUCUCUCGUAAUAUUUAAUGGCCGUAUAUAAGCUUCUUUGCCACGAAAGUCAACAACGAUUACCUUACAAAUUUCUACUGGAUAAAUGCUCACUCGUAAAUAUUUGGUUGAGGAUAUUCUUUUGACCCCCAAAAUUCCAAAUGUGACAACCACUUUCUUUCUCCAUAAUAUUCAAUGUAUGCAUAACUUUUUUACUGCGAAAUUCGUCAACAACUUUUACCAUACCAGCCUCUACUAGAGAAUUGCUCGCUUGUAAAUUAGUAAAAAUUCCAGUUUUGCGAAUUUGUGAGUUUGCGUGUGCAUUUUUCGAGCCCUUUAGAAAGCCUCUUGGUUUUCUUCACUAGCAUUUGUUCGAACUCUAAAAGUUGCUAAAUCCUGCUAUACUUAUUUCACAGUCUCUGGCGUGUUGCUGUCGACUAUCUCCUUCAGUGUCCAGUUUAUGGAAGGUACGCUUGUUGAAGAACAGUAUUUUCUUUUUAAAACGUAGUUAAAGCAUUCCGGGUUAGUUUCUAGAGAAACUGUGGUAUUGGGAAGUGAUUUAGUGCAAGACUAAGACAAAAAUCUAAAUGGACUCUUAAUGAAUUGGAUUCGGCUCCUUGUAGGGAUUCGUUGCUGACGUUUCGAGCGUUAGAGAUUAGCGGAAGUGAGGCCUUUACCCUGUUAAUAUGCCUUAACGGUACCACAUUUACCAUUACUAAUUUGAUAGCUUUUAUUAAUUUUUCACAAGUACAUAGUGAAUACAAAACACAAAUACUGCAAAAUGUUAACAAAUUAAAAACAGUACAAAAACACAAAGUAUCCAAAAAAAUUUCGAUGUACGCUAUUUAGAUUACAUCCACAAAAAGAGGAAAAGGUGAAAUGGCCUAUUGACUCUUGGAGUUGAAGGGUAACAGAUGUUCUGUACAAAAUUAUUAACAAUUAUUGGACGAGGUUGAGCAAAAUAUCGUGAUAGUUUGCGAUAACCGAGUUCGACAAUUGUUUUAUCAUUCGCUCACUGAGUUUGUUUUUCAGUGGAUUGGAAGCGAUCUGCCAUUUUCACGCAAGAGCGACCGUAUGAAGGAGAAUUGCUUCAUUUGCGCGUGAGCAGAAUAUUAUUUGCAGCCAAACACAGUUGGACGUCUUUGCGCAUGAGUAGACCAUUAUUUGUAGGCAGUUAUUUGCAGGUCACGUGGCGGGCUCUCGGCUAAUAAAAAGGAAGAAAAAUUUGCAUUGAAUGAUAACUUCAGUUACUGAAUUCGAGAAUUUUCUUCCUCAGAGCACACCUCGAAGAAUACAUAGAACACCUCCCCCUGGAGACGGAUAAGAAGGCAAUGAAGGUGCUGCGGCUUUGCGAGGACUUAGAAAUGCUGGCGCAAGGUAGAGAAAUGAAAUACUAUCAACUCUCUCUGAACAGAAAUUGUUCCGUGCUUUGUUACUUUUUUUCCUCUCCCUAUUCGCCAUUUACUUAUCACUCAUACUACGCCUUGUUUUCCCCCACUGAAAAUGUUGCUUGAGCAUUGUCUUCAAUUUCUCUUGAUACGAUUGUGAAAUUUUGGAGCGCAAGCAAGGUGUAUUAAGGGAGAUGGUCGAGUAGAGAUUGUUUAUUUCGAGCCAGGGCGAUUUUCCUUAUGACCUGGAAAUGAAAACGCGCGAACAAAACAGAAACAACAAACGAACGGAAAUAGAGCGAUUUGAUUGGUUAUCGAACGGAUACAAACGCGCAUGGCUUUUGGUUGGUGAAACGAACGCUCAAGAAAUCGAUACUUCGCUUUGACGUCAUACUGCAACACGAUUGGCGAAUCGAACAAUGCCUUCUCCAUAUCAGGGCUUUCUUUGGCGGGAAAACGAAGAGUCCAUGUUUUGAUCUUUUCAUCCACUGUCUGAUAAAAGAAAUAACGAACACUUCACAAAACCGUUUUUCAAGGUCAUGCGAAAAUCGCUGUGGGACUAUUUUGGGGGACGACAAUGUACAACCUUGUAAUAGCCAAUUUAAAAAUCGACAGCACAUGUAUUUGGGGAUGGAAUUAACUCUAGCAAUAAGAACCACAUGACCAGUGUUGUCUCAAAUGUGAUCACGAUACAUUACAAGGCCAAUUACGGUUGAAGUCAGAACGUAUCCUUGGGGAUAAAAAUAAUUUUUUGAAAAACAGCAAUAAGGCCAGCAAGACCGAGGUUAAAGUAGGGAUUCAUUUUAUACUGGGGAUAAAAGUAAUUUAGAGUAACGUUUACUGCAAAAUUGUGCUUGAGAACGUGUUAAAACAAAAUAGCCGGUCAGCAACAACGUGACCGCUCUUAAUACAGGACAUUUAGAAUCACGUUUAGUGCAAAAUUGUGCCUGAGAACGUGUUAACACAAAAUGGCCAGUCAGCAACAACGUGACUGCUUCGACUACAGUAGAUUUAGAAUCACGGUUACUUCAAAAUUGUGCUUGAGAACGUGUUAAAACAAAAUAGCUUGGGCAACAACGUGACCGCUCCGACUACAGUAGAUUUAGAAUCACAUUAACUGCAAAAUUGUGCCCACGAACGUUCGAGAACAAGAAUGGCGGUCAGCGGUCAGCAACAACGUGACCGCUCUGAACCACAAGACCAUUGUUGCCUAAAUGUGAUCGCGUAAUAAUCUGGGAGGAGAGUAAAAAAUGCAUUUUGUGAAAGUCCCUACAUACUGAGAACAACAAGGCCAAUUACGGUUGUAGUCAGAACGUAUCCUUGGGGAUAAAAAAAAAACAUUUUGAAAAACAGCAAUAAGGCCAGCAAGACCAAGGUUAAAGUGGGGAUUCAUUUUAUACUGGGGAUAAAACGCGGUGAAAAGCACCAAUGGGAACAUCAAAACCAAUCAAAGUUGAAGUAACAAACAUUGAAAACCAACAAGAUCAAAGCGGCCGAUUCAUUUAAAAUGAAGUUUUUUGGGGGAUGAAUCUGAUGACGACAGAACAGUGAAAAACAAGGAGAACAAACAGACCGACUCAUUAACAAUGAUGACGACUUAAUCUUAGGGAUAAUUUGUAAAAAGAAUAGUGAAAACAAGCAAGACUGUUCCGUAAUUAUGUACAAGUAUGGUAAUGAAAUUAAUGAAACGAAAAAUAGUAAAAAAGCACC